AUGUCCACCAUCCGUCAAUCCAACGGCCCAACUUACAUCAAGCCCUCCCGCGGAGUCAACGCAGGUACCGCACCUGCGAAAAGCGCCGAGCAGCUCAUCAAAGCCGCCCGUGUCGGCGACAUCCAAGCCAUCGAGAAAGAGCUCUCCUCCGGCGUGGACGUCAACGGCAGAUGGGACGGCACCACCGCCCUGUUGGCAGCCACCGUCUCUGGCGAAUUCGAAGCAGUGAAAUACCUGCUCUCGAAGAAGGCAGACGUGGAAGCGCGCGACAACGACGGCUACACCAUCUUCAAGCUCGCACUGGACAACAACCACCGCUACAUCGCCGAGUACAUCGUGAAAGAAUAUCCAAAGGUGACAGUCACCGACCCACGACUCCCCGAGGGCGAGAAGUGGCUCCGUUGUCAGUUCACAUUGAUCUCCAACGCCGUGAAACACGACGAUAGCAAGCCUCGCACCGAAGUCCUCGAGUAUCUGAUCUCAGGUCAGCUCCCGGAGCCGGAAAACCGCCUCGUGAGCGACGUCUACUGGGAACAUAUCCUGCUGCGCUAUAUCGGGGACGUGCCUUUGGAUAUCCAGCGCAAUUACUCGGUUGAGUUGCGGUUGUCGCUGAUGGGCACGUUUGAUACGUUCCUGAUCUCGCAUGAGGGGAUCAAGUACUCUGCUUGGUUGUUGAAUUCGAAGCUCCCGAGCACUCAGUAUAAGAUUAAGGGGACUGUGGUUGAUGAGGAAGGGGGUUGGGUUACUGAGAGAUGGGGAUAUAAGGAUGAGAAGAAUAUCACUGUUGAAGAUGGGAUUGAUUCGUUUCUGAUUGAUGGGGUGAAGGGGAAGAUCAUGACGAAGAUGAUCAAUUAUACGGUUCAGUGA